CUGCAGGACGAGUAUGCGCAUCCCUCCAUAUCACAGAUAUCACCGAAAUCUAUCAGUCCGUUAAUGUCUGCCGCUGUGUCUAUCUUGCCCAUCACAUCGAACUUAGUACUCGAGAGCACACUUGCAGAUACAUCCACAGCUGAUAGUAUACUGCCGACUGAUGAUAGCCCGGGUCAAGAAGAUAACGAAACACGCCAGCAUUUACGUAUGGAACGAUCUGCACUACCCAUAUUGAAUGACAAUUAUCCAAAAUCAGGUCCGAAUGAUGUGCACUUUCCUAGCGAUGCAGAUAAAGAAGCAGGCGCUGGUCGCUACUUUCAGUAUAAUAUUAAACCCACAGGCACCCUCAAUGAUGCCGCCUCUGAGGCACCUGAACGCACACAACGCGCACGCGCAGGCAAAACAUUUAAGCCAUCUUUUAGUGGCAUUGCGGCCACAUCCAUGCCAGAAACAGCUGUAGCAUCGGAGUCUUUUUUAGCGAAAGGGGACCUGCGACCGCUUAUGUCGGGGUCCCCGAUCAAUCCGACGCGCAGUAUUGCUACCUCGACGGCGGCCACUGCCACGGCCUCGCCACAUAAUCCGCGUCAAAACUCCAACCCUGACAUACAAGACAUUAUAACAGGCAUUGUGAAGCUUUUGAAUGGCAAUGUAAAUGUCCAUGCAAAUACACAGGGACUUCGCCGUCCGUCUGCCAGUCGCAUCAAUAAUCGCGGACCACCACGCAUCUCUGAUGUACAAACUUUGCCGAUCGAGUAUGAUACGCAAAAGAAACCGCUGGGCUCAUCCAUACGCCCGCCACCGUACACGGGUCCAUUUGAUCGCCCCGAGCGGCCGUUCAUUACAGGUGUGCCAAUACCGGAACAAAUUGUUCCAUUGCGUCCAGGUUUUAUUAGUCAACGACCACCGUGGCAUCGACAAAAACCGCGGCCUCCGAUUACUACAGCUAUCGGUGGUAGGCGCCCGAUUCCACAGUAUAAACCAUUGCCAACUUCACAAUUGGCGCCACCUGCUCCAGAAGAGUCUCCUGCGCCGGCUAAAGCAACACCAGAGACGCCGCCGGCAAAUCAGCAUUCCGGCGAGACUGAAAUUUCUGUGCCACCGGACUACAAUGAUGCAAAUGGGGACACAGCUAAACCAACUGAUACAACCUAUGAUUCUGAGUUUUCAAAUGAAGACACAAAUUCACAAUAUAUUGAGGUAUCCGACCAAGACUCUAACGAAACAGCGGACACUGUUCCUUUGACAGCGGAUACUGGCGAAAUAGAAGAGGAAGUAUCUGCACCUGCCCAAGCAUCUCCGCCACCUGUGAAGAAAGAGGACUCCGCCACCAAGAAAAAACCCACAAAGAACAAGUCCACUGAUAAAAAGAAACACGCUCAAGACGAUUCUUCAACAAUAAUUGAAACUAGCUCUGUUAUCCGCACAGAAAUGCAAAUGUCUUCCUCGUAUGUGCCAAUGCCAAUGGAGAAUAGCAGUGGUGUGGAUCUCGAUCCAUCCACAGAAGAGGUAAUUUUCAUGACGCCAAGCAAGACACCCGCACUGGAAAGCAGCUCUAAAAAUGCUGAUACAAGUUUGCCUACUCUAAUAACUACGCAGAGUUCAAUCGUAACGACAGCGCUGCCAGACACCAUCACAAAUUCGAAUGUGCUGAGCCCAACACGUACCACUGAACUGCUGGCUACUAUUGCACCCGCUCCAUCAGACACCACCCCCACACCACAUUCCACUACCACCACCACCACCACCAGAAUUUUCACUACCACAACCAAUUCCAAUUCUGUCACCACACCAGUGGCAAACUCUGCUAACACCACCCCAACACCAUUACCACAACCACCAAGUGACUACCAACCGCGUCCAGGCAUUGUACUUGAUGACCCUGAAUUCAAACCAGGUGGACGUCCCCGACCCCAUCGACCCCAACAAUCCCGUCCCAUAGAUUCGCAACACCAACCAUCAGUUCAGAUUCAACCUACCCGACAUUUGCCGCCUGGUUAUGGCGAAAUAUUCGAUGUUACGCUGUCGGCGAUUCAAGGACCUGGGUCGGUAGGUGGUUCACAGCAAACAAUCAACAUCAAACCCUACGGCUCCUAUGGCAGCAGUGGUGGUCAUCAAGCCGACAUAAUAGUGUCUGCAGCAGGUGAUGAUGGUUUUGUUUCAAUCGAUGGUAAGCGUACUUACAUCAAUCUCUUUGGUGAUCCAACAGAUGCGCCCGUUGGAGUAGCCACCACGCCAGCAACGGCCAUACCACAAUUACCCGGUAUCGGCGGGACAACAAGCGGCGGAACUGGUGGUGGCAGCGGCAUUGGUAGCAGUGGAAAUGGUGGUAGUAGCGCAGUCACACAGAACAAUCGACCCAGCCUGGGGCCUGGAUACGGCAUACCUGAGACGGAAGUUGUAGAUUUAGAAACGACGAAGUCAAAUAGUGUGAAAACACAAUCCCCCACAACCAAUGCUGGACCAACGAGACCACACUAUCGCACACGUCCGACACAGCCGCCGGUGCGAAUAGACACUUGCAUUGUGGGCGACGACUCGACAUGUGACCAAGCGCAACACGAGCGCUGCAAGACAGAGAAUGGUGUCUCGAGUUGCCACUGUCGACCGGGCUACUCACGUCGCAAACAUCGGGAACCUUGCCGAAAAGUCAUCUCUUUCUACCUGGGCAUGCGUGUGGAUCGUAUUUAUGAGCAUCGCAUUGUGUGGGACAAUAAGUUGUUGGAUAAACAUAGCGAACCUUAUGGACAGCUGAGCUAUGAGUCAAUACGCGCGAUCGACUCCGCCAUGUCGAUGACCCCCUAUUCGGAUGAGUUCUUGGAUGCGCGCGUGAACAAUAUUUACCGCGGUGAUCCAAAUCUGGGUGGCAGUGGCGUGUUUGUCAACAUGACGAUCAAACUUGACGAAAGUGUUGAAACACUUCGGCCCAACUUGCGCGCUGAUGUACAAAAACACUUGCUCGGCGUACUCCACCGACGCAACAAUAACAUCGGCAACUCUGUACUUUAUGUUGCGUCACCGGAAGGCGCCAUCACUGCUUUGCACGAUCUGGACGAAUGUCAAUCACGCGAGUUAAAUGAUUGCCACGCUAGCGCCAUCUGCUCCAAUUCGUGGGGUACUUUCCGCUGCGUCUGUGAGACGGGACUCCGUGAUCCGUGGGCCGAUCAACCACAGCGCGCCGGUCGCGACUGUCAAUCGUGUCCGGACUCGUACUGUAACAAUCGCGGCACUUGCAGUUACAACGAAGAAGGCAAUCAAGUUUGCGCUUGUGAUUCCAGCCACUAUGGUGGUCAAUGCGAGAUCGAUGGCGAAGUGCUGGGUGUGGCAAUUGGUGCCUCCUUAGCAGCUGUUGUUAUCAUCGUACUAACAUUGGUCUGUCUAAUAAUGUGGUCGCGUCGUUGGCAGCGUGAACAAAAAAACGCUAUAGGUUCACCAGUCUUUGGAUAUAUGAAUACGGCGCCGAUGAAAUCAGCAGGCCUACCAGGGCAACCGGGCUACCAAGUGACAUUGGAAGAUCGCAUGCGCUGGGCGCAAAUCGCAGAUGUAAUGGCACAAACAAACCAUUACGGGGUAAGUCCGAUUGCCGAACCAGUCGGACCCACACGUCCAUCUUCAGCAAUGUUCGCUUAUCCAAAUCUACAGGCAAUGGGCAUAGGCGCAAUGGGCGGCAUGUCCAUGCAGAGCACCAUGCAGAUGCAUCAGUCGGGCAGCAUGGCACCACCGGUUCCUCUGCCACGGUAUGAGUGCGUAUACCCCUCAGACAAUUCCUCAAAUACAAAUAAAAAGCUGGGGUUGAGUUCGCGCUCAAAUGGAAUGCGAACGCUGGAGAACUCUAGCUCAAGUGAAGAGGAGGAUCGAACCGAUCUGCUCGGGCGAAAUUUUCAAGUACCACGACCAAAGAGUAGAAGCAAUGGCAGCAUAGCGAAUCAAUCGGGCAUCUACUAUGAUGUAGACUAUGAGCCAUCAGGUAAUGGCAUUGGCAAUACCAGCGUGGAUCAUUUGUAUGGUUCACAGAAUCAGUCAUCGUCACACUCACAUACGCACUCACAUUCGCACAUCGGCAAUAAUCAUGUACCAGGACCACAAGGCAUACCAAUGAGUACUUACACGUCAGGAAGAGCGCCAAGUAGCUACUAUAUGAAAUAGUAAUAAGUAAUGGACGGAGAGUUAUAUAUAUAUAUAUACCUUUUUGGAUGUAGUAUUUAUUCAGUCUGUUCACGCUUGAGGAAUUUCUGCCUUAAAUAUCGACUCCUAGACAAGAUGGCCUCUGCGGAGGGUAGUACUAUUCGUUGCAGACUAAAUAAGUUCGUAAGUUCACGAAAAUAAAAUUUGUCCUGGUGUGAUUACCUCAGUGUGAACAGCGCCCUUAUGUAUGUAUGUAUUUACUACAUAAGUACAUGCGUAUUAACAAAAACUUCUGAAACAAAUGAAGUUUUGAUACAAUUUUGUAAUUUGCAAUAAGAGCGCUAGUCGUUAAGUGAAUAGUUGUAAAUAAGGAGUAAAUAAUUAACUACAAAAAAUUAUGUUAAAGCAAGGAAAUAAAAUCGAAUGAAUACUGUAAUGUAUUAUUUAUUAAGCUUUUAAAUUAACUAUGUGUAUUUAUUGCAGUUGUACUAAUCAUAAAAUUUAAUACACAUACAUAUGUACUUAUGUUCGUACAUAUGUACAUAGGUAGAGUAUAUAU